UGCCGCUAGAAAAUCGUUAUAACAGGAGGUAUCAGUCAUGGAAGACGUCGAUUGGAGAGAUUUGCUGGUUAUAGCUGCAUACUUUGUCCUGGUGCUUGCAGUUGGACUGACGGUCACCUUUCUCGCCAGUAAGCGCAAUGUGAAAGGCUACUUCCUGGCUUCCCGGGAGAUGCUCUGGCUACCGGUGGGUGCCUCUCUCUACAUGUCCAACAUCGGCAGUGAACACUUCAUAGGACUGGCAGGAACGGGAGCAGCGUCCGGAAUAGCCAUUGUCAUGUUCGAAUUCAGCUCAGCAGUGCUGGUCGUCAUCCUGGGAUGGCUCUUCAUGCCCGUGUUCAUUGCGUCCGGGGUCUACACGAUGCCUGGUUACCUGAAGGCAAGGUUCGGAGGCGAGCGCCUACGCAUCUACCUCAGCGUCAUCUCCCUGCUGAUGUACAUCGUCACCAAGAUCGCGGUGUGCAUCUAUGCUGGAGGUCUGUUCAUACAGCUGGCUCUAGGCUGGAACAUCUACCUGUGUACCAUUGUACUGCUCGCUAUCACAGGGGUCUACACCAUACUCGGUGGGCUGACGGCUGUUAUCUUCACGGACACACUGCAGUCUGUCAUCAUGCUUAUUGGUGCUGUCGCUCUCACUGUCCUAGGUUUCCAGAAGGUGAACGGUCUGGAGGGACUGCGGGUGAGCUACCCGGACGCCAUCCCGUCAACGGUAGACAACGUGACGUUGUGCGGCGUCCCGCGCGACGACGCCUUCAACUUAUUCCGGAGUCUGACGACGGGCGACCUGCCCUGGCUCGGUCUCAUCCUACAGUCAUCGAUCGGCUGCAUGUGGUACUGGUGCUGCGACCAGGUGAUAGUCCAGCGAGCAUUGUCGUCGAAGAACCUAUCCCACGCGAAAGGUGCUGCCAUCUUGUGUGGAUAUCUGAAACUGUUGCCUCUCUUCAUCAUGAUUUUCCCAGGCAUGAUCAGCAGGGUCCUCUUCACAGAGGAGGUCGCCUGCGCAGACCCGGACGUGUGCAUGGAGGCGUGUGGGAACCCAGCAAGCUGUAGCAACAUCGCCUACCCUAAGCUCGUCCUCAGCAUUAUGCCUAUAGGUUUACGAGGGCUGAUGAUGGCUGUCAUGCUGUCUGCGCUCAUGAGCUCCCUCACAUCAAUAUUCAACAGCGCUAGCGCCAUCUUUACAUUGGACCUGUACCGCAGGUGCCGCCCCCUAGCGGCUGAAACUGAACUACUUCUAGUUGGCAAGGUGUUUGUCCUGCUCAUGUGUGCAGUGAGCGUAGCCUGGUUACCCAUGAUACAGUCGUCACAGGGUGGGCAGCUGUUCCUCUACAUACAGGCCAUGCAAGGCUACCUCGGCACUCCCAUAGGCGCGCUGUUCCUAAUCGCGAUACUGUGGAAACGAAUCAACGAAAAGGGAGCUUUCUGGGCUCUGCUCGCAGCGCACGUCAUCGGCAUUGGGAAGAUCGCCCUCGAUUUCAGCUACCCAGAGCCCCCUUGUGGGGAACCAGAUGAGCGCCCUCUGCUGGUCAGCAAGGUGCACUUCCUCUACUUUGGCUCCAUCGAGAUGUUGAUAGUGUUCGCCGUGGCAACGGCGGUCAGCCUGAUGACCAAGUGUCAGCCAGACAGCGAGUUGAAGUCUGUCACAUGGUGGACGAGGUUUGAAUGUGGCGAGGAGCAGCCACUAGAGGCCGCCACUGAGAAGGUGCAGAAGAUGGAUGUGCAGGAAGAGCAGUCCGAGAGUUCCAGCCACUCACGGCUCUUCAACGUGCUGUGCGGAGUGACGACAGCCGAGGGCGGCGACGAUGGCGCCACCUGUCUGAAAUCCAUACAAGAAACGACGCGUAACAGAGUCAUCCUGGCCGUCAAUGCGGGCUUCCUGCUCACCACCACGCUGGUGCUCUGCAUUAUAUUCCGCUAAAAUCACAUCCGCAGUCUAGGUGCGAGGCAUACCGAGUCUAAUCGUGGCGAGGUGUGUGGAAACGUUGUACGUCACGUGUGUAAACUAGCAUGGACUACGGACAAACAAGGAAAAGGGUUUGGAAGUACUGUAAUAUUGCAGAUUCACAGACCCACCACUUUAUAGCUGUUGUAAAAAUUUCUAAUGGAUGCCAUGUUUACAAAUAUUCAAAAUAAGCAGCCAGCUAUAGUAUUGUUUUAUGUUAGUCUUUAACUAUGAAUAAAUAACUGAUCGUUUUUAACCAUAACCUGAUUAUGGUUAUAACAAGAUAACAUCAUAUAACAAUAUAUAACAUUAGGUAGCAUUCUUUGUUGUUCCAUUUAGCAGAUAGUAUGAAAUCUGCAAUGCAUUUAUAGUGUAGAAAUGUAUACUGCUGCAUAGUGUAUUCAUAUGCCACCGAACUAUGCCUGAAAGGGUUGUAAAAUUGUUUACUCUCUAAAUAUUGAUGUUUUAUACUAUAUAGCAAAUUAUGCCAACGACACUGCAUGUACUUAUCAUUUUGAAAUACUCAUAAAUACAAAAAAGUAGUAUUUGAAAAACUUCUA